AUGUUAUAAGAUGUGCAAGAAUUGUAAAUUAUGACGAUAGAUCAAGCUAAAUCAAUAAUAAUUAAUGGCAAUUAAAAAAGAGUUAUGGCAGCAACUAAUGCAAACUAAUUUUCUUCUCGAUCUCAUGCUAUAAUAUAAUUAUUUGUUGUAAAUUAACAAUAUUAAUGCAAAUUAUCAUUAGUUGAUUUGGCAGGUAGUGAAAAAGCUAAUGUAAAUGAAGGUAGUAAAGGAAUAAGAUAAAUGGAAGGAGCUAAUAUCAAUAAAAGUUUAUUAGCUUUAGGAAAUUGUAUAAAUAUGUUAGCUUGUGAUUAAUCAAUGAAGAAAUUUGUACCUUAUAGAGAUUCAAAAUUAACUAGACUUUUAAAAGAUUCAUUAGGAGGAAAUACUAAAACUCUUAUGAUAGGAUGUGUAUAAUAAGUAGUUUAAUGUCACGAAGAAAGUAUUAAUACUUUAAAAUAUGCAUCCAGAGCAAGAGCUAUUAAAAAAAAGAUUGUUUAAAAUAUUAAAAUUAAUGAUAUUACAAAUUGUAAUUGCAAUUGUAAUUCAGAAAAUGUAGGUUUAUUAUAAGCAGAGAUUGAAGCAUUAAAAUAGGAAGUAUCAUACUAAUGUAUUUUAUUAUUAUUAUUAUUUUAAUAGGUUAAUUAACAGAAGAAGAAAUUGAAAUUAAAUUAAAUUUAAAACAAAUUGAUUAAUUAUAACUUUAAAAUAGAGAAGGUUUAGAAUAUUUAUUAUAAUAAAUGAAUUCUGAAAUGAUAGAUGAAGAUAGAUUGAAAAAUGAAAUUCUAUAAUAUGAAAGAGCAAUUAAUGAAAAUGAACGGAUUAGAUAAGAAUUGAAUUCUUAAUUAUAAUCUAAGAAAAAAGAAAGAACUGAUCCAAAAGAUAUUCAAAUUGAAAUGCUUAAAAAAGAAAUUACUUUUCUAAGAGAUCAAAUUAAAUAAAAGGAUUUAGUUAUUGAUUCCUUAAAAAUGGAUAAGGAUAAUAUAAAAUAAUCUAGACCACAUACUAGUUAUUAAGAAACUGAUAGACCAAAAAUGAAUAAAGAAAAUUCUAUUGAAAUAGAUGUCAGAAAAGAUAGUCUAUAAUAUUGUGGUUCAUCUAAAUCUAUUAAAUAACCUACAAAUAGAGAAGAAGAAUAACAUCUUUAAAAAUUAAAUAAGGCAAGAGAUAAUUAUAAGAUUUUUAGAUCAAAAAUGAUUUAACUUUAAGAAAAAAUGAAUUAUUACACAAAAAAUGAUAUUCAUUUAAAUCAAAAUUAAUUAAAAGAAAUUAUUGAUAUGAUGAAUGAACUAUCAACACAGAAUGGUCCUGUUUUGAAAUAAGAUGAAGAGAUGAUAAUUUAUUUUCAAAAAUUCAUUAAGUCUUAAACUUAGAAAUCAUAAUAAUAAAUAAAUCAAAGUACAUUAAAUACUCAAAUAACUACACCAUAACAAAGAUCAAGGAGUGUUAAUCCAAAUCCAAAUAGAGGAAAAGGAACUUCUUAACAUUAAAGAAAGCCUUUAUAACCAACUAAUUAAUCACCUAUGAAUAGAUAAUUAUUCAGUAAUCACACAAAAUAAUAUUAAUAAUUAGUUUAAAAAGGAAAGAAGGUAUAAUAUUGAUUUGAUUUCAGGAAAGUUGUCCCACUCCGUAGAAUAAAUAAAAGUUCAUUUUGGAAUACGUAAAGAAAAUGGAAAAUUAAAUACCGAGGGGGAGUAACAAGUCCCCACUACAAUCAUUUAGCUCCGAUAAUUCGGAUAAGUAUUAAUUCACUAAUAUAAGACCAGAGACGAUAUUAUUAAGCGUAGUUUUGUCUAAAAAGUUCCAUUUCAAUCAAUUUAAUGA